AUGACUGCGAGUUCAGCAGGUGGUACAAAGACUGAAGGAACCACAACAGUUGAUACAACAACAAAACAAACUGCAUCAGCUAAUACAACAGCAACAACAGGAACAACAUCACUACAUACAACAACACAAGAAACUGCACCAGCUGACAAAACAACGGAAGAAACUACACCAGCUUAUACAACAACAGAUAAAACUACACCAGCUGAUACAACAACAGAAGAAACUACACCAGCUGAUACAGCAACAGAUGAAACUACACCACCUGAUACUACAACAAAUGAAGAAGCUACACCAGCUGAUACAGCAACAGAUGAAACUCCACCAGCUGAUUCAACAACUGAAGAAACCAAUCCAGCUGAUACAACAACUGAAGAAGCUACACCAGCUGAUACAGCAACAGUUGAAACUACUCUAGCUGAUACAACAACAGAUGAAACUAAACCAGCUGAUACAACUGAGAAAACUACACCAGCUGAUACAACAACAGAAGAAACUCCACCAGCUGAUUCAACAACUGAAGAAACCAAUCCAGCUGACACGACAACAGAAGAAACUACACCAGCUGAUACAGCAACAGAUGAAACUACCCCAGCUGAUACAACAGAAGAAACUACACCACCUGAUACUACAACAAAUGAAGAAGCUACACCAGCUGAUACAGCAACAGAUGAAACUACAUCAGCUGAUACAACAACAGAAGAAACUCCACCAGCUGAUACAACAACAGAAGAAACUACACCAGCUGAUACAGCAACAGAUGAAACUACUGUAGCUGAUAAAGCAACAGAAGAAACUACACCAGCUGAUACAACAACAGAAGAAACUACACCAGCUGAUGCAACAACAGAAGAAAUUACACCAGCUGAUACAACAACAAAAGAAACUACACCAGCUUAUACAACAACAAAAGAAACUUCACCAGCUGAUACAGCAACAGAUGAAACUACUGUAGCUGAUAUAACAACAGAAGAAACUACACGAGCUGAUAUAACAACAGAAGCAACUUCACCAGCUGAUACAGCAACAGAUGAAACUACACGAGCUGAUACAACAACAGAAGAAACUAUACCAGCCCUUACAACAACAGAAGAAACUACACCAGCUGAUACAGCAACAGAAGGCACUACACCAGCUGAUAAAGCAACUGAAGAAACUUUACCAGCUGAUACAGCAACUGAAGAAACUACACCAGCUGAUACAACAACAGAAGAAACUACACCAGCUGAUACAACAACAGAAGAAACUACACCAGCUGAUACAACAACAGAAGAAACUACACCAGCUGAUACGACAACAGAAGAAACUCCACCAGCUGAUACAACAACUGAAAAAACCAAUCCAGCUGAUACAACAACUGACGAAACUACACCAGCUGAUACAGCAACAGUUGAAACUACUGUAGCUGAUACAACAACUGAAGAAACUACACCAGCUGAUACAGCAACAGAUGAAACUACACCAGCUGAUACAACAACAGAUGAAACUACACCAGCUGAUAAAACUGAGAAAACUACACCAGCUGAUACAACAACAGAAGAAACUCCACCAGCUGAUUCAACAACUGAAGAAACCAAUCCAGCUGAUACGACAACAGCAGAAACUAGACCAGCUGAUACAGCAACAGAUGAAACUACACCAGCUGAUACAACAGAAGAAACUACACCACCUGAUACUACAACAAAUGAAGAAGCUACACCAGCUGAUACAGCAACAGAUGAAACUCCACCAGCUGAUUCAACAACUGAAGAAACCAAUCCAGCUGAUACAACUGAAGAAACUACACCAGCUGAUACAGCAACAGUUGAAACUACUCUAGCUGAUACAACAACAGAUGAAACUAAACCAGCUGAUACAACUGAGAAAACUACACCAGCUGAUACAACAACAGAAGAAACUCCACCAGCUGAUUCAACAACUGAAGAAACCAAUCCAGCUGACACGACAACAGAAGAAACUACACCAGCUGAUACAGCAACAGAUGAAACUAAACCAGCUGAGACAACAGAAGAAACUACACCACCUGAUACUACAACAAAUGAAGAAGCUACACCAGCUGAUACAGCAACAGAUGAAACUACAUCAGCUGAUACAACAACAGAAGAAACUCCACCAGCUGAUACAACAACAGAAGAAACUACACCAGCUGAUACAGCAACAGAUGAAACUACUGUAGCUGAUAAAGCAACAGAAGAAACUACACCAGCUGAUACAACAACAGAAGAAACUACACCAGCUGAUGCAACAACAGAAGAAAUUACACCAGCUGAUACAACAACAAAAGAAACUACAUCAGCUGAUACAACAACAGAAGAAACUUCACCAGCUGAUACAGCAACAGAUGAAACUACUGUAGCUGAUAUAACAACAGAAGAAACUACACCAGCUGAUAUAACAACAGAAGCAGCUUCACCAGCUGAUACAGCAACACAUGAAACUACACGAGCUGAUACAACAACAGAAGAAACUAUACCAGUCCUUACAACAACAGAAGAAACUACACCAGCUGAUACAGCAACAGAAGAAGAAACUACACCAGCUGAUACGACAACAGAAGAAACUACACCAGCUGAUACAGCAACGAAAGAAACUCCACCAGCUGAUACAACAACUGAAAAAAACAAUCCAGCUGAUACAACAACUGAAGAAACUACACCAGCUGAUACAGCAACAGUUGAAACUACUGUAGCUGAUACAACAACUGAAGAAACUACACCAGCUGAUACAGCAACAGAUGAAACCACACCAGCUGAUACAAUUGAGAAAACUACACCAGCCGAUACAACAGAAGAAACUACACCACCUGAUACUACAACAAAUGAAGAAGCUACACCAGCCGAUACAGCAACAGAUGAAGCUACACCAGCCGAUACAGCAACAGAUGAAACUACAUCAGCUGAUACAACAACAGAAGAAACUAUACCAGCCAUUACAACAACAAAAGAAACUACACCAGCUGAUACAGCAACUGAAGAAACUACACCAGCUGAUACAACAACAGAAGAAACUACACCAGCUGAUACAGCAACAGAUGAAACUACAUCAGCUGAUACAACAGCAGAAGAAACUCCACCAGCUGGUACAACAACAGAAGCAACUACACCAGCUGAUACAGCAACAGAUGAAACUACUGUAGCUGGUACAACAACAGAAGGAACUACACUAGCUGAUACAGCAACUAAAGAAACUACACCAGGUGAUAUAACAACAGAAGAAACUACACCAGCUGAAACAGCAACUGAAGAAACUACACCAGCUGAUACAGCAACAGAAGAGGCUCCACCAGCUGAUACAACAACAGAAGAAACUACACCAGCUGAUACAACAACAGAAGAAACUACACUAGCCCUUAAAACAACAGAAGAAACUACACCAGCUGAUACAGCAACAGAAGGAACUACACCAACUGAUACAGCAACAGAAGAAACUACACCAGGUGAUACAAUUACUGAAGGUACUACUUCAGCAGAUACAACAGAAGAAACUACACCAGCUGAUAAAACAACAGAAGAAACUACCCUAGCCCUUAAAACAACAGAAGAAACUACACCAGCUGAUACAGCAACAGAAGGAACUACACCAGCUGAUACAGCAACAGAAGAAACUACACCAGAAGAAACUCCACAAGCUGAUACAACAACAGAAGAAACUACACCAGCUGAUACAGCAACAGAUGAAACUACUGUAGCUGAUACAACAACAGAAGGAACUACACUAGCUGAUACAGCAACUAAAGAAACUACACCAGGUGAUACAACAACAGAAGAAACUACACAAGCUGAAACAGCAACUAAAGAAACUACACCAGCUGAUACAGCAACAGAAGAGGCUCCACCAGCUGAUACAACAACAGAAGAAACUACACCAGCUGAUACAACAACAGAAGAAACUACACCAGCUGAUACAGCAACAGAAGAAACUACACCAGGUGAUACAAUUACUGAAGUUACUACUUCAGCAGAUACAACAGAAGAAACUAUACCAGCGGAUACAACAACAGAAGAAACUACACCAGCUGAUAAAACAACAGAAGAAACUACACUAUUCCUUAAAACAACAGAAGAAACUACACCAGCUGAUACAGCAACAGAAGGAACUACACCAGCUGAUACAGCAACAGAAGAAACUACACCAGGUGAUACAACUACUGAAGAUACUACUUCAGCAGAUACAACAGAAGAAACUAUACCAGCGGAUACAACAACAGAAGAAACUACACCAGCUGAUAAAACAACAGAAGAAACUACACUAUUCCUUAAAACAACAGAAGAAACUACACUAUUCCUUAAAACAACAGAAGAAACUACACCAGCUGAUACAACAACAGAAGCAACUUCACCAGCUGAUACAGCAACCAAUGAAACUACACCAGCUGAUACAAUUGAGAAAACUACACCAGCCGAUACAACAGAAGAAACUACACCACCUGAUACUACAACAAAUGAAGAAGCUACACCAGCCGAUACAGCAACAGAUGAAGCUACACCAGCCGAUACAGCAACAGAAGAAACUACACCAGCUGAUACAGCAACAUAUGAAACUACUGUAGCUGAUACAGCAACAGAAGAAACUACACCAGCUGACACAACAACAGAAGAAACUACAACAGCUGAUGGAACAACAGAAAAAACUACACCAGCUGAUACAACAACAGAAAAAACUACACCAGCUGAUACAGCAACAGAAGAAACUCCACCAGCUGAUACAACAACAGAAGAAACUACACCAGCUGAUACAACAACAGAAGAAACUACACCAGCUGAUACAGCAACAGACGAAACUACUGUAGCUGAUACAACAACAGAAGAAACUACAUCAGCUGAUACAACAACAGAAGAAACUACACCAGCCCUUAAAACAACAGAAGAAACUACUGUAGCUGAUACAGCAACAGAAGGCACUACACCAGCUGAUACAGCAACUGAAGAAACUACAGCAGGUGAUACAACUACUGAAGAUACUACUUCAGCAGAUACAACAGAAGAAACUACACCAGCGUAUAUAACAACAGAAGAAACUGUACCAGCUGAUAAAACAACAGAAGAAACUACACCAGUUGAUACAGUAACUGAAGAAACUACACCAGCUGAUACAACAGCAGAAGAAACUACACCAGCUGAUACAGUAACUGAAGAAACUACACCAGCUGAUACAACACCAGAAGAAACUACACUAGCUGAUACAGCAACUGAAGAAACUACACUAGCUGAUACAACAACAGAAGAAACUACAACAGCUGAUACAACAACAGAAGAAACUCCACAAGCUGAUACAUCAACAGAAGAAUCUACACCAGCCGAUACAACAACAGCAGAAAUUACACCAGCUGAUACAACAACAGAAGAAACUACACCAGCUGAUGCAACAACAGAACAAACUACACCAGCUGAUACAACACCAGAAAAAACUUCACCAGCCCUUACAACAACAGAAGAAACUACACCAGCUGAUACAACAAUACAAGGACCUACACCAGCUGAUACAACAGAAGAAACUACACCAGCUGAUACAACAACUGAAGAAACUACAUCAGGUGAUACAACAACUAGAGAAACUACACCAGAUGAUACAACAACUGAAGAAACAACUCCAGCUGAUACAACAACCGAAGAAACUACACCAGCUGAUACAAUUGAGAAAACUACACCAGCCGAUACAACAGAAGAAACUACACCACCUGAUACUACAACAAAUGAAGAAGCUACACCAGCCGAUACAGCAACAGAUGAAGCUACACCAGCCGAUACAGCAACAGAAGAAACUACACCAGCUGAUACAGCAACAUAUGAAACUACUGUAGCUGAUACAGCAACAGAAGAAACUACACCAGCUGACACAACAACAGAAGAAACUACAACAGCUGAUGGAACAACAGAAAAAACUACACCAGCUGAUACAACAACAGAAAAAACUACACCAGCUGAUACAGCAACAGAAGAAACUCCACCAGCUGAUACAACAACAGAAGAAACUACACCAGCUGAUACAACAACAGAAGAAACUACACCAGCUGAUACAGCAACAGACGAAACUACUGUAGCUGAUACAACAACAGAAGAAACUACAUCAGCUGAUACAACAACAGAAGAAACUACACCAGCCCUUAAAACAACAGAAGAAACUACUGUAGCUGAUACAGCAACAGAAGGCACUACACCAGCUGAUACAGCAACUGAAGAAACUACAGCAGGUGAUACAACUACUGAAGAUACUACUUCAGCAGAUACAACAGAAGAAACUACACCAGCGUAUAUAACAACAGAAGAAACUGUACCAGCUGAUAAAACAACAGAAGAAACUACACCAGUUGAUACAGUAACUGAAGAAACUACACCAGCUGAUACAACAGCAGAAGAAACUACACCAGCUGAUACAGUAACUGAAGAAACUACACCAGCUGAUACAACACCAGAAGAAACUACACUAGCUGAUACAGCAACUGAAGAAACUACACUAGCUGAUACAACAACAGAAGAAACUACAACAGCUGAUACAACAACAGAAGAAACUCCACAAGCUGAUACAUCAACAGAAGAAUCUACACCAGCCGAUACAACAACAGCAGAAAUUACACCAGCUGAUACAACAACAGAAGAAACUACACCAGCUGAUGCAACAACAGAACAAACUACACCAGCUGAUACAACACCAGAAAAAACUACACCAGCUGAUACAACAACUGAAGAAACUACAUCAGGUGAUACAACAACUAGAGAAACUACACCAGAUGAUACAACAACUGAAGAAACAACUCCAGCUGAUACAACAACCGAAGAAACUACACCAGCUGAUACAAAAACUAUAGAAACUACACCAGCUGUUACAACAAAUGAAGGCACCACAUCAGCUGAUACAACUGAAAGCAGCACAUUGAAGGAUGCCAGUACAGUGAUUCCUACAACAACUAAAAUGCCUACUACGACUACUGUUAUAGUCACUACUACAGAGCGUAUUUACAUCGAUUAUGGCUCCGGGCUUGACCGGUCACUAGGAUAUGUUCAAUACGGCUUUCUAGCGUGGUUUACUGUAAGACUAGAUACAGGGUUUCCUAUCAGCUAUAAUCAACUAUACACCUAUAUAACAUGUACAUCAACGGGCAUGAUACAUUUUUCGAACUACUAUCCACGCAGCUAUCACCUGUACAAGUAUAUCAACCCGUCGUUAUAUAACCUUUUUGAUAUCUACCGCGAUCCAUCUAUUGCGGUAUUUGGUGCACCGGUCGACCUUUACCGCGGUAAUCCAAGGAUCUAUUAUCAGGUAUACGACAUUAACAGAGGGUACGGAAACUCAGCUGCUCUUCUCGCAGCGGUACAAGAAAGACUGUAUGCAUCUCUGUCACUUCCGGCAGGAUUGGAGUCAUUCCGGUUCAUCAAUGGAAUCAACUUCAUCUGCAAGGUCACGUGGCAAAAUGUGCAACCUCAGGGAUCAGUGGCAGGACAGGAGACUGUAACCUACCAAGCUGUUCUCUUCACUGACGGAAGAAGAAGUGGUGUUCUGACGAUGUACCAGGGAGGUAGUUUCAACUGGAAUCCAUUCUCUAAGUCAGUACCGGCUAGAAUCGGUUACAGCACCAAGCAUGAUUGGUAUAACGUCUAUGAAGGAAACCUUCUUGCUGUGCUACAGGAAAGCUAUCGCCCUGAUCUAAGAGUUGGCAACACUGGUCUUCUGGGCCGAGACAUCUACCGUCUUGAUUCGAACCCUGACUGGUACAUCAACCCACGCCGAUACUGUCAAGAUUGGUACAGCGAUGAUCUGAGCAGGCGAUCCUGGGCAUCGUGGGCAGAGCCAUGCCCUUGUACUCGAUGGCAGGCCCGGAUCGAUCGAAGGUAUACUCGCUGCAACUACCCUAGCUACCGCUACGGUUAUGGCUACGGGUAUGGCUAUGGUUAUGGGUACGGAUACGGCUACGGUUACGGCUACGGCUACGGCUACGGCUAUGGACUUCCUAGUUAUUAUUAUGGUGAGCAGUGCAUUUCUAUAUCAACAGUAGAGGGACUACCUGUUACCAGCCUCGAUGGCCCAGAUUUGGAGGUGGAUACAGAUGUACCUAUGAAUUCUCUGCUUUGA